UUGUCAUUGGCACAUUAUUCAACAAAGAGACGAGAUAUUCUGAAAUGAAAGUGAAGUUACAGUCUGCUGCAACUUGCAGAACACAUUUUGACCGGUGCAGACAGUGUGCGUCUCUUGGGAGGUUUCUAGACGGACCGCUAGUGGUGGGACACCGGAAAAAGAAUCACAACUUGAUCACAGCUGCAACACGCGUGUUUCUGAAAACAGAGCGGACUUUGAUGUGGAAGAAUGGCUGAAAUAGUACAGCGGCGAAUAGAAGAGAGGAUUCCAGAGCUCGAGCAGCUUGAACGAGUUGGUCUGUUCACUCAAAAGGAGAUCAGGUCUAUCCUGAAGAGGACAACUGCAUUGGAGUAUAAACUGCGCAGAAGGGACAUAACUAAAGAUGACUUCAUAGCAUACAUACAGUAUGAAGUUAACGUGCUGGAACUUAUUACAAAGAGACGUCAAAAUCUGGGCUACUUUUUCAAGAGGGAGGAAAUUGAGUAUGUCAUUAUUCAACGUGUAGUCAACACAUUCCGUAGAGCCACAUCCAAGUGGCAGGAAGAUAUCCAGUUGUGGCUGUCCCAUGUAGCCUUCUGUAAGAAAUGGGCCACACAGGGUGAACUCAGCAAGGUCUUCUCCUCCAUGCUGGCUGUCCAUCCAGACAAACCAGCCCUGUGGAUCAUGGCUGCCAAGUGUGAGCUGGAGGACAGGAACUCCUCGGAGAGCGCUCGCCAUCUCUUCCUCAGGGCCCUGCGCUUCCAUCCCAACGACAAGAAGGUCUACCAGGAGUAUUUCCGUAUGGAGUUGAUGCACGCUGAGAAGCUGAGGAAGCAGCAGGCUGAGCUGGAGAAGGCCGAGAUCGACGUGGGGGAAUACGAGUUCUCCCCAGAGAUUCUCAGUGGCAAGCUGGCAGAGGUGGUGUACAGAGAUGCCACACAGAAGAUCAAAGGUGCUGAGUUCAUGCUGUCGCUCCUGCAGAUUGCAUCCAUAUUUGACUUCACCAAGGAGCUACAGGACUCCAUCCUGCACGAGUUGCAGAGCCUGCACACGGACGACUCGGUGACCUGGGACUUCAUGGCCAAGCGCGAGCUGGAGGUGACGGUGACGCCGGAGCUGCAGACGGCGAAGGGCAAGGCCUCGGACGCCGACCGCAAGGAGGAGCGCUGCUGUGCCGUCUACCAGGAGGCCGUCAAGAGCCUCAACACCGAGGCCAUGUGGACGUGCUACAUCAACUUCACCUCAGAGAAGUACAGGAGGAAAACCAACGUCCAGGAUCUGAAGGACAAGAGGAGACAGCGGUUACUGAUGGCCAUGCAGGGAGCGCAUGAGGCGUCGCUGCUGCCAGAGACCUUCUACAAAACCUGGCUCGAGGCCUCACUGUCGUCGGGUGACGAGGACGCCACCACGCAGAUCGCCGUGGCCGCCACCCAGCGCUUCAGCCAAUCGGGCGAGACCUGGAGCCUGGCCCUGCAGACCCUGGUGAAGCUGGGCCGUGCGGAGGCGGGCGCUCUAUUCCAGGAAGCGCUCGCUCACGUCAAUCCCAAGGAGAGCCUGCCUUUGUGGCUACAGUGGCUUCGGUGGAGCGAGGCCAGUCAGGGCGUGCAGGAGACUGAGGCCUUGUUUCAGAAGGGUCUGUUGUUACCCUUUCCGGCGAUCUGCGCAACUAUCAAAGAAAAGUACCUGGAGUGGUCCUACAAAACUGGAGGGUACAAGAAGGCCCGAAAGACCUUCACGAGCUUACACGAGCGCCGUCCCUUCACCAAGGCUUUCUUCACCACCAUGCUCCAGAUUGAAAAGCAGCAGGACACGCCAAAGAUGAGCAACAUUAGAGACUGCUAUGAACGAGCGCUCAGAGAGUUCGGCUCUAGUGAUCACGAUCUGUGGUUGGACUACAUCAAAGAGGAGCGUGGGGAACACGGGCAGCCUGAGAACUGUGGCAAGCUGCACUGGCGGGCCAUGAAAGCCCUUGAGGGAGAGGACGUGGAGCGAUUUGUCACCGCCUACGCGCUGCUGCAAACAGGACACAUCUGAUUUUGUACAGCCAACUUGAUGGAACUGAAGGUUGCGAAUCCAUAUUCCAAAAUGGUGGUUCGGUAGCAAGUUAACCUUGAGGUUGUGGUAAACAAGCUUAUUUAAGAGCCUGGGGUCCUCGUCUUUAGGGUUACCACAUUUCUGAAGGUUAGCUCAGCCACGUUUAUUACUUGAACCUUGUUCUUUGGAAUACACCUGUUGUCUGCUUCUUACAGGAUAACUUCUACCUAUUUCAACAUGCAAUUGUAAUGCUCACACUACCAUGGACUUGUACCUGAGAAUUAUUUUUUUUCUUCAGCCUUUUCCGAGAUCCUAGUCAUUAUAAUUGGGGCAGGCGUUUGUUUACUUAUCAAAAAAAACAUCUUGAUUUAUUCCCAAAAACAUCGAAACCAACAUCAGCAGACAACUCGCAAACAGCGAUACCUUUUGGGAUAAUAUUUGGAGUAGGCCUAUGUUAAGAAGAUUUUUAAUGUUAACAGAGGCCGCCCCCAUUAGAAUAGCUCAGAUCUCGCAAAGGGCUGAGUCGUAAAAUGCAGCAUCACCGGGUACUGACAAGUCAAGGUUAGCAAUACAACAACAUAUUGAAAUUGGCAGAAGUUAUCCUUUAAGUGUUGAGUGUUUUUCACCCUCAAGAUGUACUGUAGCUGCUGCAGAAGGUUUGAAAGACUUUGGAGAACCAAUCAUUUUGUUCAUACCUGAUGAUGUUAAACAUUUGAAAUUGUCUGCACAGAACAUUCAUGUUGGAAAUAAACAUUUAUUAUACAUGUU